CCCUUUAGGUUUCAAAGUGUCAAAGUUAUGUAAGAGAAAGCAAUCCCCAGGUUUCAAAAUUUUCACAAGCGUUUUGUAAUUUUGUAAAAGUAUUGUAUAAUACAGGUUAGACUUCAGCUUUUUUUUUGUCUUUGAUCAUUCAACCAUUCGGUUUCAAAAUUUCGCAGUUUUUUUGAGGUCAGGAAGCUCCACACAUCCGCUCCACUUUGCAGGAUUUCUUUGCAGGAUCCGCAGCAUGUCCUGGCAAUACGAUAUAUGGCGUCGCAUGGUUCGCCACCUCAGGCGUAAUUAUAACUCCAUAGGACAUGCCGCAAUGACCAUUAUCCUGCUGGUGGCGGCUCUCGAUCAGGCGUACGUGCGGCACGGGUGCGAUCUGCUCUGGUGGCGCAACAUGGUAGUGCAGGAGGACAUCAGCGCCCUGUCCAUUAUGAUAAACAUUGCCGGAGUCAAGCUGGCCAUCAUUUUGGGACUCACCCUGUUCAGCUACGUCCGGCCGGCAGUCAAUAGUCGGCGGUUCCUGCGGCAGAAGGCGGAAGACAUGCCCAUUUCGUAUGUGCGGCGUCGCUACUGCCGCUUCAUCGUGAUGCGCCUGCUGGCGUCCUUGGAAGCCCUGAUCUACAGUCCGCAGGAGGAGUAUGUGCACCGGCACAUGACCUUCUGUGAUGCGGUGAAAGUUUUCCGCUGGGAUGCCCGCAAGCUGUUCGAGCGCAAUGACCUGCAGCUCAGCCUGCCCCUCCACCAGGUCCUCGUGGUCGAAGGCGCAGUCGAGGAGGCUCUCCUCCAGGAGGGCUAUGCCGAGCAGCUGCAGCAUCUCCGCGAGCUGGACAUAUAUCGCAUGGUUUACGAUACCGUGAAUUGAGUCAGGAGCCUAGAGCAAGGAGCAAGGAGUGAGGCGAAAACCACGUGGCGAAAACUUUUUAAUUGGUUCUCGCAAGCGAGAGCGGUGGCGAAGAUGGCGGUGGUGGUGGUGGUGGCUUCGGCUUAUGUUAAUUUUUGCACCACCACCGCCAAACAUGUUAAUUUUGAGGCAUGUGGUGUGCGCCAUGUGAAAGUGAGUCCCCGAGGUGGCAGCCGAAGUGCCUUAAUCAGAUGGAAUGUGUAUGUAUGGAGCUGGUUUCGCGGGAGCCAGGACUUGUGGGUGGAAGGAGCUAACCAAUGUUCGAAGCGAGAGUUUACGAGCAGUUUUAAAUAUAUUAAUAAAAUAUCAUACAAAGCGUUAUCUAAGAAAA